AUGGUCUUCUCGAUACUGUUCACUAUCUGUUCUCUUGGGCUGUCUCUUCGAGGAUCCUCUUCUCGUCCUGAUCAAAAUCAAUCAUGCAGAGCAUCCCCCUCUGGGACCCCGGCAGCAGAGCGCCGCGACACUUCAAAAGCGUCCGACAGCCUCAAAGAAACCCCCUCCGACCCGCCCGAACGCAUAGCGCCUCAUGGUCAUCAGAGGCUCGUCUUUGCAGAUGUUGUCGCCUUGCGGUACCUCGAAGAAGACCCGUCCACCGAUGUCCUUCACCGCCGCAUACCUCUCCAAGGCUACGAAAGUUAUAUUGUAGAACAGUGGGCUUGCUCAAGGGUUCACCCAACCUUCAUCAUCUCGACCUACACGGGCGACCCCUCCCAUUCCAUCUUGGUAGGCGUUCUCAGCGUGCCAACAGAUGAAUCAACAUGGUCUCCCCGUCUGCAGAUGUACUUCGACGCUGUAAAACAAUACCAUGGUCGGAAGAAGGAGACGUCGUUGGGGACUAUCAUGGUGACGGAUUUGAGUUCAUUCCCGCCUUCCUUGACAGUAAUACCCAUCCCCCAAGGCGACAUCAAGGCGCACAGGCUCGAUUUCAUUGUCAACGAGGAUCUCAAGCGGCUUGGGUGCGCUGGGCGCGCGGGCCUCAAGCUCCAGCGCCCACCACCCGCGACGGAAGCAAAGUUCCACCAGCUCUACCGAACGAGCGAGCGGGUUGACCUGUACUAUGCUGUGCCUGAGCUCGUGAAACAGUGUCAGAUUGCCUUGAUGGUUUUCGAUAAGCUAGCCCCGGAAUACGUUGAUGGCCUCUUGUGCGACGUUACAGAAGGCGCGAUCGGCGAUUGGUGGGCAGAUAUUGGCACGGAUCUCUACAACGUUGAGCCUAGUGAUGGUAUACUGGGCCCGACCAGUGUCGCUGCGCUUCUGGGAACUCUCCUCGGUGCUCGAAAUCGACUCCAUGCCUACGGCGCUCCGGUGGGGAAGGAUGCUUUUGAUAUUGAGAACCUCAAGAGAGGGAUCGGUGGGUUUCAAAAGGCGCAAAAGAUGCCUCGAACAAGGCGGCUCGAUCGGCGGACCUUGGAUCGGUUGCAUCGUGCUACAGCUAAAGCUGCGAACGCUGAAGGCUGGACUGAUGCCGUGAAAUCAACCAUGGCGGAGCUCAGCGGACAGGGUGGCGAGAUGGUCAUGGGCAUGGUCCGUGGUCGCGAAAAGGGUGGCAUUGCUGAUGUUGAGUCGCUGGAUCUUGACAACUUCAUCCAGUGCUGCUAUGGUUCUAGAGCAAAGUGGCUGUGGCUUGGGAAAUCGCGCAAAAGCACACGUGAACAUGGCUUUGCAAGCCGCAAUGGGGGGGGGUUUGUUUGGACUAGUCGCAAGAAACACUCUUCAGAAGACCUCCAUGCCGAGAGGGUCCCUUCAGCGCUAGACCGUCAGUGGAAAUUCCCCGAAUCAGAGGAGCGAGAUCAUCGAAGGAAAGGUGUGAGCGAAAGAGUUUCGGAUGCUCGCGCUGGUCUGGGUCGCUUCAAAGAUGCAGUGGGACUCCGUUCCCACCACCACCACAAGCACUCACGGGAAGGCCCCGAGGUGACACAUGAUAUUGCCUAUCGCCCAGCGAUGGAGAGUGACACAGAACAAUCUAUUUCCUUACAGCGGUCCGGCUCUGGCUUUCCAUUCGAACAUAGGGUAACGGACCUUGAAAGCCGGCCCGAGGACGAGCGGAGUAGUCAACCCCAGUCUGCUAUAGCGGAAUCGACUCCCGAUGUCAAGCCUCCAGAGAUCCAUAUUGAUUCUGUGCCCACGCCUGGAGAAGUCGAGCCUCAGCCAGAGAAUGCCAACCAGCUCCCGGUUCCUCAAGUACACACCUGGCCUGAUGAAGAAUCUGACUUAGAGAAUAUAAGGACCCGCUCUGAAGCUGGCUCAAGUGAGCCAGAUCGGGAUCGAGAUGAGCCUGCAGUUGGUCUCGCGAUGAUGGCUCUACACCGAGCGCAGAGCUGUGAGGAGCUUCAGAAGGAUAAAAGCGACGACCACUGGGACAACCGCUGCCCUCGACACUUGUCUUUCAGCAACGUGGAAGACGUGGUGCUUCGUUGGAAACAGCUGGGCGAUAGACCAAAGUUGGAAGAUACCGAUAAUCUUGAAUCAGCAAUAGCUCUGGAAGACAUGCUGUCAUCGGAUGCGCGUAUCUUCAGCUCAAGGUUCAUGAGGCUGCGACAAAAGACUGUUCCAUGGGUUGAGAGACAGCGCUUUUCCGAUUUCCAACGCCUGCGGGAGAGAUCCAGCGACCUUCUCACCGACGAGCGUUCCUACCUUAUUGAUAGCGUGAAACGUGUCGAGUUGUUAGGCGCGAAGCUGGACUACGAACUCAAUGUCCUCGAAUCUAAAGUUGAAGACAUGGAAGAAGGCUUGACUGACUUUGAACGUCACAUCGUGAACGUUGAAAACAGGGUUAGUGGGCUUCUCAAAGGUGAAGAAGAUCACAGCGUGUCCUGGAUGACCUGGGUGCGACGAUCGUUUGGGUUCCCUGGAUGA